UGAAAUCAAGUUGUGAAAAUUUAUUUUCAAAAAUAUUUAUGAAUCAUAGUUAAUUUUCAUUCGUAUUACUUGUGUUCAAUAUUGAAAUCUUUUUGCAGCCAAUUAAAUAGCAAAUAUCUUGCCCAGAUUCUAUUUCCACUUGCAUGGUGUGCAUUACUAAGAUUUUGUUCAUUAGAAGUGUAUACCUGAGCCCUUGAACAAGAACUUUUUGCCAUGGGUAUAGACAAGAUUUUGCAAGGAGUUAUGAAAUAUCGCCAGACUUGCCGGGAUGGAAUGGUCCAGCAAUUCAAAGUGGUUCGCAAUGACCCACAUCCAAAAGCCGUGUUCUUCACAUGCAUGGAUAGCCGCAUGCUGCCCACUCGCUUCACUCAGACCAACGUGGGUGACAUGUUCAUUGUACGUAACGCAGGCAACUUGGUGCCGCACGCGAUGCUGUGUGGGGGUGAGGAGAUCACCACGGAGCCUGCAGCGCUGGAGCUCGGCUGUGUCAUCAACGGCAUCAAGCAUGUCAUUGUGUGCGGUCACUCUGACUGUAAGGCGAUGAACAUGCUUCAUCUGCUGCGCAACAGUGACAUGUCAACACGGGAGAUUGUGAAGCAGUCUCCCCUGAAGGCAUGGCUGGUCAGACACGGCCAUGACUCGCUCAUUAAAUACGCACAACUCGAACUCAACGACUUCAAGCAACCGCUCGUGUUUCAGGGCGAGACGCCGUUACGUAGGUUCGUGGCCUACAUCGACCCUGACGACCAGUUCUCCCCCGAAGACAAGCUAUCGCAGGUGAACUGCCUCCAGCAGCUACAGAACAUCGCCAGCUACAACUUCAUGCGUGACGGGCUGGCCAAAGGCCGCGUUUACCUGCACGCCUUUUGGUUCGACAUUUAUUCUGGGGACAUCCACUACUUCAGCAGACAACAGAAGACUUUUGUACCUAUGAACGAGGAUACCAUCGACACACUCAUGGAUGAGGUGCAUAAAUAUUACUCAUGAUGGGUCAGGUGCAGGGAUAUUACUCAUACGUGAGGUACAGUGAUGUUAUGGGGAAGAUAUAUGGAUGGGUAAGGUUUAGAGAUAUUAUUCAUUGUGGGUGAGACACGUACAUAUUAUUCAUGAUGUAUGAGGUUCACAAAUUUUGCAGAGGGGCCUGCAAAAAAUGCCUGUGGAUUACACUCGUAGCACAGUCUGCAAGGAACCUACAUUUUCGUUAUUCACUCAUGAAGUGAAUAAUGAUCGGAGUAUAAAAUGUGUAUUGUGCAUGUUGAUUCUGAAAACCUUGUGCGUGUUGUUCAUGGGAAUUAUUUGUGUUUACGUUGUUACGAGAAUGUUCAAGAUGAUCUGAUAAUUGUUCUAUGUUUUUAUAAUCACAAAUUUUAAUACGUCGAUUUAUUUGUACACAUUUAU